AUGAAUACUUCUGAAAGCAUGGCCAGCGACGGAGAGAUGGAUGAGGAUUUUGAUGAUUAUUCAGAGAACUUUUAUUACCAACCUCCUCAAAGUGUAAGAAGUUAUGACAGAAAUACACAAGAACUAUUGGAAGCAUACAAUAAGGAUCUUACACAUAAACCAGAAUUGAAUGUCGUUUCAUUGGAAAUUGCCUCUAGACUUCCCCAUACUUCCAAGGAGCGUUUAUUUAUGCAAAAACCAACUUCUCCUAGAGUAGAAGAUGUUCAAUAUACAUUUAGACCAGCACUUAAUAAGAAGUCUGUAGAAAUUGAUUCAGGAAAGAACAAGUUUGAUUCCUUCGAGCAAAGAAUUAAUGAAUUGUACAAAAAAACCUCUAAAAAACAGCAAAAGAUUGAAGAAAAGAAGAAGGAAUUCAUGGAAAAGGAACUGGAAGGAUGUACAUUUUCUCCAAAUGUUUCCAAAACAGUGAACAAGUUUAAUCUUAAAGGGAAAACAGUAAGUGACAGAGCUGCUAUUUGGGAAAUAAGAAGAAAGCAAAAGAUUAUUAAAGGUAAACGAGAAGUUGAUGAAAGAGAAUUGGAAGGAUGUACAUUUUCUCCAAAUACACAAAGAUUGAAAAUCAGUUCUCCUAAGGAAAACAGAGAUCCUCUAGGAUAUGACGAAUUCCUUCAUAGACAAAAAAUAGCAAGAGAAAAGAAGAGUGAUGUGGAUAAGGUAUUCCAAACCGGAACUAAAUGGAAAAAUCAAAUAACCAUACCUAAGGAAUUUUCAUUUGGUUCAAAGGAUGGUAUCAAGAUCAAAUCUUUGCAAAAGCCAGUCACGAACGAUCAAGCCAAUAAGAAGACCAACUAUUUCAAUUCUUCUAUGGAUCAAAGUAGGGAGCCAACAAUGAUCUUGGACGAUGGAACUUUGGAAUUUAAUGAGGAUGAGGAAUUACUAACUCAAUUUACAACACCAGAACUAAAUAAUUCAGUGAAUUCAACCUUCUCAGCACCUCCACAAGGACUAUUUUCCAGUAAGACAAGUGUAAGCAUUUUAGAUUGCAUUCAAGAUGCUGAAGCCGCUCAAGCAAGCCCAACUAAGAAGAGUGCAUCUAAGAGCAGUCAUAGACAAACACCUCAAAUAGAUCUCAUUUCACCAUCCAAAGAAUGGUUAAGAAGAAGCAAGCAAAAAGAAGAAGAAAAUAUUAAAUAUCUUUAA